AUGCCUUCCUUGAAUGCACCCCGCUGGGCUCACCCGCUUCUGUUACUCCUCGGACUCGCUUUGAUUGAGCCAUGGGCCGAGCUGGGUGUGGCCGGGACUUGCCUUGAGAGCAUCGGUCCACACGGCCUGACGUGGCCCGCCACCUCGUCUGGGCGCGCCACAACUCUACCUUGCCCGUCACCACACACAGGCAGUGCAAGUCGCAGCUGUUGUGCAUCCGCCCAGCAGGCCACCACUCUCUGUCUGCUGCAGGCCUGGAGUGAGCCAUCCUACGCUCAAUGCGCCAUCCCUAGCCUUGAGGGUUGGUCCAGUGACUGGGCAACGGGCGCGCCCACGAGUGCAGCCGCUCGCCGCCAACGGCUUGCCGGUGCCGCCACCAUUGUUGCCAGCAGCGCCUUGCCCCUUGGUUCAACUGACGUGACAGAAAUUCUCCGCUUGGUGCAACGCGCCUCCACUGCCAUCGAUGCCUCCGCCGCCGCCAAUCUUACCAUCGCAGAUCUCGAGACGCACCUCGACCUUUUCGACGCUCUUCUUCAGGCUGACUGGAAGAUCCCUGAUCCAGACGCGGGGUCUACACAGAUGGCCCAAGUCUAUGUGCAACUGGCACAUGCGCUGUUUCUUGCUCCGAACACAGCCCUGGCAUCCCCAGAGCCCUGGGCGUGGCACGCAGCCGCCGUCCAGGCUGCCCUUCUGAUGGGGCCCGCUCCAGAGCUGAUGACUACUGGUGACCACUUUGUUUUAAGCUGGGCCCCCAAUGCAACGCUCGCCAUCGACAACGCGAAAACAUUUGACAUGACUGUCCUCACGCAGUGGACACUGGCUGCGACGGAAAAUGGAACCACGCCGACGCCAUCGUCAACCACCUCCAAGGCUUUGACAGAGGAAAGCAUGCAGUUGGCCCUGUGCUUGGCAGCCUAUCUACCCGCCAGUAACCCCAACGGUCGCCAUCACAUCUUUCCCACCGUGCUUUUUGAUGCAAAUCAGCCCGGGGGUUUGACUGCAGGCCCGGUUGAUGUUCAGUAUAAUGUGGCAAGCUUGUGGGGCCCGCUGCAGCGCCAGGAUCAGGCUCACCAGGCGCUAUUGCGCCUCAUCUUGUCCAUCGAUCCACCCACCCAUGGCCUUGCAUUAGACCUGGUGGACCUGCAGAUGAGCGCAAUACAAACAACCAACAACACCCAGAUCAUCAAUCUCACCCUCGCCGUCAAUGGUACCACAGUCUUGGCCGUCCCUGCACAGGCCAAGUGUGAGGCAGAUGUUGCAUGUACCCUGGACAUCAACCUGAGUGCCGGGCUUUGGACUUGUCAUUGCCAGCUGCAACCCAGUAGUGUUGCCCUGACGCUUACCACGACAGCACCCGUCGCCAACACUGCCCCAGCUCGUGCCUACAACCGCAUUGACCACGCUCUUGCUGGAUUGUUGCUGCUUGCAAUUCUUCUGUGCCUUAUCCUUAUCGUCAUGGUGGGCUGCCAACCCGCUCGAUGGCCACUCAAGCUGUACCGAUUGGGAUUCAUGUUGGCCACCUGCCUGAGCUUGGUGGCGGGUCUGGCUCUCUUGCGCGCCACGGAUCUGGACAGCGCCACGGUGGCCAAUGUCGCCCCUUCUGUUCUCAUGGGUGCCCAGUAUGCGCAAGUGUUGCAUAUGCUGGCGUUGGCCAGUCUGGUCGUGUAUUGGACGCCCCGGCAAUCAACGUACCAGAGACACGGAUCCUGGCUGCGCCGUGGUCUGGUUGUUUGCUUGCUAUGGAUGGUGCCUGCUGCGGUCGUCGUGGGCCUACGACAACUCGAUGCAAAUGCCUUUGGUUUCGCCUGGCUACCCGUGCAUAGCCUAGCCAGUCAAGUGCACUGGUACAUUCUAGGAAGCGUCGUUGGCUUGGUAUUGCUGGUGCUAAUUGUUGCCUUCUGCCGCACCACAACUCCACUGGGGCAUUUUCUACGACUGUGGUUGUCCCUUGUGGUGCCCUUGACAGCUGGCGUCGGUGGCAGCCUGCUUUACUUGCUCCCGGACCUACAUCGCGACCUACCUGCCUUGCGGCUUGUUUAUGGCAUCCUGGCCUUGAUGGUUCCGGCCUUGUCUACACCUCCACCGGAAGACGAGUCGGCCUAUGCCAUGCACAUGCAGGAGCGUGCAUCCAGCAAGGCAUCUUCCAUUGGCAUCAAUCCGGUGAUGGGCCCACACACCAGCGUUACCCGUUUAGGCACACGUCCGUCUGGCUAUAGUGAACCCGAAUCACAGGGCCUAGUGAGCCAUGGCCCUCCCCUACUUGUGGGCCGCGGCAUCAUGCCGCGAAGCUCUUUUUCGUCGAAUUCUACGUUGGCUGUCGUCGAGGAAGCAGAAGGUGAAGAGGCCACGCUUUCUCGGCGCCUGCGCUCUUUUCGACAUCGCAGCAUUCGCCAGAAAAAGCAAGCCGACCCUGUCGCCCGUCCUCGCUCCACGUCUUUGGGUAACCCGAAAACCAUUUCUGCAGCCCUGCGUCUAGAGCACACGGCACAAGACUUUCUGCAAACCAGCAUUGUUGUUCAAGCCAACCGUGAUUUGCGAGGCACGCGCAAGGGUGUUGCGGCCAUUCGGGCCACCUCGCCCAUGCGUGGGUCAGGCCGUCGCCACACUGUUGCAGGCGCUCGGCAAGCUGGUUCACUCAAGCGUGCCACAGCCACCGCCAAAGCGGCAGACGAGGGAUACGCGGAUCUCAAAACUUUGCGCGCAGUAACGGAGAGGCUGUCCUACGUCCCACGUCGUGGCCAGGCUUUGAGUCGCACCGGUCGGAAGGGCCACUCCCAAUCGCAUGCAAGCCUCUUUAGCAACGACUCGAGCGCAGCGUCGGACAGCGAUGGGUACAUGUCCGUCACGCGCCAGUCUUCGGUGGCUGGUAGCGCUGCGCGUUUACCGCGCCACCGACGUUUAUCCGCCCUUACCGCCCACCUCAGUCGAGGCAAUUCUUACAUGAGUUUUGGUGGAACGGACGUUUCUGACUUGGAGGGCGGCUAUGACCAAAUGGGCAACCAGACUGGCGAUGAGGACGAGGCGAAUGACGGACUGGCUACACCACCCCCUGCGCUGCCCGACCGAGCAUCAUUACAAGAGAACGACCCAUACGCACUAGCCCAGAUAGAUCCGACUGACAAUGACGCACUUGAGGGCCUAACCAAGCCGCCAAUCCCGGCACACGUGGUCGGUGCAGGCCCGUUGUUGUUUCGGCCCACCACACCCCCCGACGGGGCAAAGCGCACGGUAUCGCGAAUGAGCAAUAUGACGGCUUCGCUGCGCAGCGCCAACUUGCCACAGCAGCGGGAACUGGCGCGCAUGCAGGCUGCCGUGUCCCCCGUUUCCUCCAGUAUCAACGACGACUCGGACGGCAUCGAGUAUGAGACGCCAGGCGUUUUGCGGGGGCUGAGCCACAAAGAUAGUGUUCGGAAUGCACACGACAUGCGUCGCGUCCGUGACCGAGCAGCCGAUGUCCAGUUGCAGCAGUUACGCCGUGCAUCCUCUAGCAUGCUCAACGGUUCCAAUGUCAAGUUUCUUGACGACCUUGGUCGGGGCGAAUUUGGCGUGGUGCGGCGGGCUCGUUUGCGUCGCGGUUCCCAGGAAGACCUGGUCGCCGUCAAGCUGCUCAAGCACUCCGCCAGUGUGGAGCAGGAAAUUGCGUUUUUGGAGGAAGCCACCAUCAUGACAUACUUCAGCCACCAGAACGUGCUGCGCCUGGUGGACACUGUCACAAACGAGCGCCCCAUCAUGCUGGUCCUCGAGCUCAUGGAGCAAGGCUCGCUGCAGCGUGUCCUGCGGCACGAGACGAUGGAGGACAUUCGCAAGCUAAAGUACUCGUAUGACAUCUUGAAUGGACUGCAGUACAUUCAUGAAGAAGGAUUUAUUCAUCGUGAUCUCGCCGCUCGCAACGUGCUGCUGGGACAAGGAUUGGCCAAAAUCGCCGACUUUGGCUUUUGCCGUCGCCUCAAGCGCGACCAAUCGGUUUAUGUGGAACUCACAGGCCAACUCCCGGUUCGAUGGUGCAGUCCCGAGGCCUUGAACUACGGACACUACUCCAAGGCGAGUGAUGUCUGGGCCGCAGCUGUAACAUUGCACGAGAUGUGGACGGGAGCGCGCCUUCCUUACAAGGGCUGGAGCAAUCUGGCCGUGGCCACGAACGUCGGGGUUGGACACCGAUUGCCACCGAUUCGGCACAUGCCGCGACCUCUAUACGAUUUGCUCGUGCGGUGCUGGCACCCAAACCUGAGAGAGCGCCCCACCGCUCGCGCAAUGCUUGAUAAAGUAGGCAUGAUCCGACGCUCCCCUGAACUGGUGGGUGACCGCUUUGAGACGGGCGUGGACCCUCUCCAGCAUAUUUAUCGCACCACCUUGGUGGCUGGCCAACCCAUGGCCAUGCAAUGGGUCAUUCAGGAUACCGCAGCCCGGGACACACGUCCCCUGGAGAAAAUGCUGGACGAUAACAUUCCCAAGUCUGGCGCUUCAGAUGCUUCCAUCUUUGAACGAGACACACUGGAGCGCGCGCCCCCAAGUCAACGGCCUGAGUUACAGGGGGCUGCUUACCCUGAUGCUGGCGGGAGUCCCCUUGACCCGCGGACAAAACCACGACGCGCCUCGCCACUUGGUCGGACUGGUUCGGCGCAGUCGGACGUGUUCGUCAGCGGCGGCGCUGACAGCCGUUGUGGAUCGCCCACCAUGACGCGCACCACCCCGCCGCCCGGUGCGCGACCUGGAAACCAGCCCAAGCGGCGCAGUCGGUUGAGCGAUACUCCAUUAAGUGGCAUACACAUGCUCUAA